AGCAGCAAGCAGCGUGAGACAUGGCGGCUUCUUACGCCGACGUUUUGAAAAGUCAAUCUGGCGUUAUUCUGCCACUCAGAGACAAAAUUAAAACAAGGGAAAUUCGACGACCACAUUGUCUGCAUAUGCAAUUUUCGAGAGAAAAACCAUUCGAAGACGGCUUCAGAAAUGCAGCGAAAAACAUUAUUUUACAAUGCUUAACUAAGAAUCAUGUUAAAACCAUUGCAGUCAGACCAUAUAACUCUAUCGAUGUAACGUGUAUUUCAAGAGCAGCGGUACUGAAGUUAUCAACGUUUUUGGAAUCUCACCCUAUACCUGAAUGCAAGUGGUAUUUAUAUGAGCCUGAAAAGGUUAGGGUUGACAUAUCAUGGGUGCCAGGUCACCUAACUACAAGUAUGAUAAAAACUGCUUUGCUUAAACAUGUUCAAUUUGAUUCAGAGGUUUCUGAAUCAAAAGAUAAAGAUGGAAUAGGACAAGGAACCAUGAAUGUUCAAAUACAACCUAAAUUACUCAAUGAAAAUCCAAUACCAAGCUAUAUAUAUGUUGAUGGGUACAUGCUUACAGUUAAAUAUUAUGGUCAAAGAAAAACGUGUAAGCAGUGUGGUUCGUUUGAGCAUUUUAAAAUUGACUGUCCACUGAGAAUCCAAAACCAAGAGAACAGACAAAGAAUGCAAAAACAAAGCAAAAUCACUGCACUAAAAGAUAUUGUAAAUAUAGAUAAGCUUCCUCCAAAGUCUCAACAUCAACAAAAUCGAACUGAACAGGUUAUCAAUUUGUCUAAUGUUUCAUCAUCUACUCAGGAAGAAAAUAAACAGAAAGCCUCUUUGCAAAUAACACCAAAAACAUCAAACCAUACACUACCCAAUUCGAAAAGCAUUAUCGAAACACCCAAGACGUCACAGUCAACCAAAAUGCAAGAAAAUCAAAGUCUCUUAGUCGGACAACAAAAGCGUCUUCAUUCAGACAGUCCAAACGAACAACCCCGUUUCCAACGAAAAUUUGACAAUGUAUCAAGUGAUGGACAUGAGAAAUAAGUGAAUGGGAAAAUAAUUUACUGAAGUGCAAAACCUGUUCAACUGUCUACAUCAAAUGCCAUUGUUCCUCAUUAAUCAUGCCACCUGUAAAAGG